GUUCUUCCCCGAAUCAAGAUCUUUACUUUAGCAAUGCCACUAAAAUUCAACGAGGCACUUGAAUUCCUUCUCGAGGAUUCGCCUCCUGCAGAGCAACCUUACGCAAACGAUGCAGCCGAAAUAUCCGCGAAAAUAAAUCAGGAGUUCACCGAGAUUAAUUCCAUUUUCAAGGGUACAAUCAUCAACUUGGACAAGACUUGGCUCUCUACCGAUAAUCCUUUAUCGAAAAAAUGUCACCCAUUUUUGUGGCUUAAGGUGCCAUUUAAGACCGAGCCACAGCAAGUCCACCUUCCCGACUGUGAAGAAGGCAAUGCUUUCUAUCUAAUGACUUCUGUAAAUCAUCCUGCAGUUCGUAAUGGAUUUGUGAUGGGCGACGUUCUAGUCAACCUAUUCCACUCGGAUAUGAACAGAGUUAUGGACCGGCUAUCUAAAAUAGCUUGUAAAAGUGGAAAAUCGUACAAGCUUUGUUACGACAUGGACAAAGAGAUGUUUACAAUUCAAGUCAAUGAAGAUAACCAUAUAAAUGGAAUUUGGUAUUCCUUCGCUCUAGAAUUCAGUUUCUCCGACGAUUCUGUCUUUUAUGCCUCCAAAGACAAUUUGUUCUUUCGUAGAAAUGACUCUGAGGAAGAAGAAGAAAUAAGUCGCAAGGCCAAGAUAGCGACUUUAUUGUUGAUGAAAAUACCUGAUAUAUCCCUUGGGUUCCCAGUUUAUGAAAUAAUUAAUUCGCUUGCGGAUCUUCGAUUUAAUAAUAUCAGUGAUUUUUUGUUUAUGGCUAUAAAGUUGCUGAUUCCACUAACAACAUGUCCUGGACCCUUGAGACGUGCUUUUGGAAAACUUUUGCAGUUCAAACAAUCAGACUCGGUUGAAGUGUCAGAGCUAAAGGACAUUUUUGGAUUGCAUUAACAUAAAUGGCAC